AUGCUCUUCAUUUGGGACUCACUCAAUGUCCCUGGGUCUCAGUUCUCCAGCACUAAAGGUCGAAUAAAUUGUUUGUGUUUCACCUGAAAUUGCCACAGAAAGGAUAUUUUUUAAGCUUUUGGCAACAAAAUUUCCUUUCAAAAUAUUGCAUUUCAUGUUUUCCCUGUGGCAUGUAUUUAUUGAGCCCCCUCCUACGCAAGUGGAGCCACGGAGGCCAUGGUGGAGACAGCGUGGUUCCCACUGCACAUCCUAGUGCCAACACUCUUAAGGGUGACAGAGGGAAGGUCUGGGUGCUGGAAACGAGAGUAUCCACCUCCUUUCAUCCCCCUGGGACUGCCCAGUCCUCCUCACUCUCUCCACGCCACCCCGGACUGACCAGGCCAAUGGAGGGACCGCGUGCCAAGCAUCCCCCAGAGAUGCCCACGGCCCCACACCGGUGGCCGGCUGUGGCUGUGACAGGUGGAGUGCGUGGACACAGGAAUGCACAAAGCCCACGUGGGCCAGAGGAGGGCAAGGACAAAUUGGAUGCUAGUGACAGCACGUGUGACCUCGCCUGGCUCCCCGUCAUGCCUGCUGAGUUGCAGCAGGUACCCGAGAGCAAUUUAAGUCCUUUCCACAAGGUGCUGUUUAGAGCACCAUGGAGCUCCCAGCACCAGCAGCUGCUGCUGCGUCCCCUGGCCCCGGCAGCCCUGGGAGUGAUGGCACCUUUGGCUGGGGGUUCUCAGUCAAACCUGGAUCCGUUCUGGCCCCACGGUUGCUGCACAUACACAGCCCUCCCCAGGAUGUCACUGUCCCCCUGCCACUCCUCAGUGGGGACACCAAGGCUCUCAUGCCAGCUCUGCUUCUGCCUUGUGGAGGUGCAGGGGUAUUUCUUCCUCAAGGAAAGGGCAACGGAAGGAGGGAACAAAAUUCAAGGCAAACUGGGAGGGGAACACAACAUCAAAGGCAAAGAGCCAGAGCCUGGAUGCAGAACAAGCCGAAUUCCUGUUCCCACAGCAACCGGCGCUCACCCUCUCGCCCGGCGCCAGGCUGGCACCAGCGCGCCCACGUUCGCCAGGGGACGUGAGGGUGGCACCUCCAGUUCUGCCUUUUCCUUUUGAGCUGGAUUAACUGCAUGGCGUGGCGUGGCACCACACCAAACCCAGCCUAAGAGGGGUUUUGGGUUGUCUGUUCCCAUCCCAAGGCAGGAGCAGAGGGAUGAGGUGGGCUUUCCAGCAGGUGCAGGCUAUAGGUGCCACCACUUUUGGGGGGUAUUUUCUGAGUGGCCUCGUGGCAGAUGACUCUCCCACCACCCUGGACCUUGUCUGUGCAUGGACCAAACAUCCUGGAGAGCAAUUUCAGAGGGCUCCAGCUUCUGCUGGCUGCCUCCUGUGAGCAGGAGCCGGACACUGGCUGCUCCAUGCUGCUGUGUGGGACUCCAGGGCUGCUGACCCAGCUGGUUUUUGGCAAGUUGGAGCAGCUGUUUGCCAGGGAAUCUGUUUCUAAAAGCCACAGCAAUGCUGGUGAUUUUGCCCAUGUCACAAAGCAGGGUGGAAGGGGUCUGGAAAGCCAGCUGGGAGCACCCUGCCCCUGCAGGACAGGUCUGGGUACAGAGGUGCCAGCAUGGAGCUGUUACAGGACAGAGGUGCUUUGGCAGGGAAUGCUCUGGUACCCUGGGUGCCAUGAGGGGAUUUGGAGUUAAGGUGUUAAAAAUGCAGCUCAUCUCAGGACAAGCCCAGGUGGGCUUUUGGUCAGGAGGUCUGAUGGACUCAGUGGAGCUGAGAUGGUGCUGGGAUUGGGAAUGGGAAAGGUGGGUCUGGCAGUGGAUGCAUUGCCCUUAGCCUCAGCAGCAAGCACUGGCCAGCCAUGGAGCAAACCCUGUGGAACACUUCCUCAUUCAGUGUCUGCUGCGGUGUGUCACCGAAAUCACAGGGCAGGAGUCACGGGGCUUGGGGGCCCGGCUCCUCCUCCCUCCCUCAGUCAGGACUUUGGGCUGUUUGCAAGUGGGGUUUCUCUUGCUCUGUUUGGGAAGAGCUUAAUUGAUGCCCCCCCUGAGCUGUUAACUCUUACCUGGGAUAUUCCUGGUGCUGGACUUCCUGAUGAGGCAAUCAGGGGCCUCUGAUCCGAUCCGAUCCUAUCCUAUCCUAUCCCCACCUACCCUGAUCCAAUCCCUUUCCCUUGUCAUCUCUCUGUCCAGGACUUUCCUAUCCUAUAUAAACCCUCUGAUCCUCCCCUUUUCCGUGCUGUGCUUGUGUGUGAAUGCAGCUGGGAAAAUAUCCAUGUUCCUACAGUUUCUUCAACUCCUGGGAAUGGUGUGGAGAAAAGCUGGGUUUUUUCUGCCAUCCUUUUCCUGAAAUGCCCUCUCAGGGGUCUCUCCAGGACCACACACUGUGUGGAGCUGGUCUUCAUCCUUCCUUCCACAGGGCAUCCAUGCUGGCUCCCAGCACUCAGCUGGCAGUGGGGAUCAGCCAGGGCUUCCCAUGAGGAGGUUCUGCCCAUGGUUUGAAAAUAGCAUUUAUUUGCUCAGGGUUGCCAUAGUUACUGGUGAAAGUCGUGUGGCUUCCUGCUGCUUGGUUGGGAGAUUCUCUCCAUUGUGGCAUCACCGGCUGGUUUCACCUUCACCCAUGGAAAAUGCAGGAAUUUCUUGGGCCUCAGGUGGGCUCUGCAUGGGAUGCCCCUUUCCCCCCUGGCACCCUUCAGCAACCUGCAGGCUGCACCUGCAGCGCUGUCACAGAUUUUCAGUCCCCAAUCACAGGGUUUGCAUUUCUAGGAGGAGCCACUGUGGUUUCCCAGCACAGAGCCUGUCCCUACGCUGCAUCCAGGAGCUCUUGGAAGCAGACACUGCGAGCCAGCACACCAACCUCCCACCAUACCCCACACCUGGUUUUUGGGAAGCUGAGCUGCAAACGGGGGCCUGAAACAGCUGACAUAUCCUGGAGAGGCAGUUUUGGAGACGUGAUGCUUGGUGAGACGGGGAUGCAGCGUGGGAAGGAUGCUUGGUGGCUGGGAGCCAUGUGUGGGCUGUGCAGAGACACCCAGAGAAGCACAAACCCAGUGCUCGGGCUCGUCCUGCACUGGAGUCUCCCAGCCACGGGGUUUUCCUGCCGGAGGCUUGUGGGAGCAGACAGUAUUUGUUAUCUUCCAUGGCAGACACCACCCCACAGACAGAGCCUGGAGCCAGCCUGGGGGCCACUGGCACUCUCCUGCCUGUGGCUGUUCUCCUGCUGCCCUGGGAGCUGCCCUGGGGACACGGGGAGAGGAGCAUGUUGGGGACAGGAUGUGGCAGGACAAAUCCAGGCCCAAGGUGCCACAACCUUUUUGAGGAUGGAGCUACUGCCAGAUGCUGAGAAUAGGCAGCCACAGGGCACCAAGUAGGAAGAGAAGGACAAUUUUGAGUCAUUACACUCAGUUUUGGGGAGAAAACCCAGGUUGGUGAGGGUUUCUGCUGCCUGGGUGGGAGCUGCUUCAGAACCAUGUGCUGGGCUGCUCCUGAUCUGGCCUUCGUCACUGAGCUGGGACAGUGCCAUGGCUCUGCCCACACAACCUGCCUCUUCUCUGUGCUGCCAGCUCUCCCUUGGCCCGUGGAGCUGGCAGGUGGGGAGGGAGAUAAACUCUUGGCUGGCUGGCAGAACAGCACCUUCCUGCAGAGCUGCUGAGCACGAGGUGCUGAAGAAUCGCUGCCCCGAGAUGCACCGGGGCAGGAGUCUCCUCUCCCCUCCCUGCCUCACUCAGCUUGUAUCAGAGUCCUCACUACCAAUUAGCAAAUUAAAUCCAAUCCCUCUGGCACUUCUCAGGUAUUCCUACACAGCUGCUGUGCUUGUGGCUCCUCCAGCCUUGGCUCCUGCACCCUGAUGGAGCAUCACCUCUGGCAUGCUGCCAUGCCGUGCCUGCCGGCCUCUCCUCCAGGGUUCCCAUGCCUAUGGACCCCUCAAGAACUGGAGAUGAGACUGAGAAGGUGCUGGUGCCAGUGGCAGCUCAGUGGCAGCUGUCUGGGAGCCCCUGAAGCUCCUGUCCUCUGCAGCUCACGGAUGCAGCGUUACCCCCACCUCCCACCCCGCUCCUGCACACAUUCUCUGGUGGGCUUGACUAAUACACUUAGAGAAGGAUAUUUUUGACUGGGUGAAGAAAUUUGCCAAAACAGGGUCAGAUUGUCCCCAGCAAUUGUUCUCUGCAUGGGUUGGGGCAAGCAGUUUUUCUGCAGAUGUACUUCUGGGGGUGGGUGCUGGCAGCGCCCCAAUCUCACCCUGCCUGGCCACGGAGACCACGGGCGCUGUGCCCUGGCCCCUGGCAGCCCCCGUUAGUCCAUAGUGGGGCAGGACAUCCCACGGCCUCGCCUCCCUGCCCCACCGCCGGGCCGAGCAUGUGGCAGCCGGUGCCUUUCCUGGCCAUGGCCGCGCUGCCCAGGAUCACCCAGCCUGAAAUGCUGCGGGGUUUGGCAUCUCCCUUGCAGGCAGUUCCUCUCCUCCAACCCCCUCUGUGAAGCGUCCCGCCAGUGGCGAGAGGACAGUUGGCUAAUCAUGGGGAUGAGGUGACAUCUGCUUAUCCGAGCCCCGCCCGGGCCGGGCAGCCCGCGGCACCCGCUGGCGGCUGCGGGGACCAGCGCCCGUUUUCCAAGAGCGCGGGCACCUCCUGUGGAACGGGCACCUCCUGUGGAACGGGCACCUCCUCUGGAACGGGCACCUCGUUGGGAAGGAGCGAGACAGCGAGAAUGCAGGAAAGGCUGAGGCAGUGGGAGGGAGUUUCUGUUCCUCUUGGGCUAGAAGAAAUGCUCACCCAACCCCAAAAUUCAUAUCCUGAGAUCGGCUAUGCUGGUCUGAGCUCUCAGGGUCUGUCCUAUCUCUGGCUUCACGUGCUGCCUUCUCCUCUAAGCCUCUUGUUAUAAAUGAAGUCUGUAAUUCCCGCUGUUAUGUAUAAAAAUGAACUGUAAUGAAACUAUACAGAGCCAGAGUUUCAAAACCCCCCACCAGCCUGGCUGAGAGAAAAAUUUUACAUCACUGGAGGACUUGAAAAGGGAAGUUCUUUCAACACAAAAGUAAUCAAUAGGUGAGGAUUCCACCCCAGGUGGGAUUGGAUCUUAUCACCUUAUGACUUGAUCACUAUCUUCUGAUAUCUACAUCUCAGCCGAUAAGGAAUUAGACAUUCCGGGAACUUCAUUGAGGGUUCCAGGAAUCGGAGACAGACAAAUUCAUCACCAAAGAUGGACAGUUCAUCAGACCUGGGAAAUGCUUUGUGCAGUCCAACUUCGGGACAAGAAAACAUCAUGAAUAUGCUAAAUUGCGAGAAGAAUAGAAUUAAUUCGGACUCUGCCCAAGAACUGUGUAAGAAGGGACCAGCUGAAGCAGCAGUCGUGAAUUCGGGAGCUCUGGUGCGACAGAGGUCAGAUCCAUGCGUGUUCACCCAGCUCCGACCCCGGGCUCCGAGCUGCUUUUCUCGAUCGUGGCUUUCUAUGUGACUGAUGUUUCAGC